AUGGAGUCGAAUCUUGACGUUGGGAGUUGUCUGCUCGACGAGUGUUCCAGUGCCGGAUCCUUCCGAAAACUUUCGGCACUAUCCGCAACAUCAAGUCUACACGCGCCCUCAGAAUCAUCGAUGAGUCGAAAACGAAGUAUUAGAGAACGUAUGGCCGAGCUGGCUGAUAGUAGGAGAAAUCCCAAAAAGCCAACACCACCAAGCAUAUUUGAAGCAGCACAGUUGAUUGGCAAAUUUUCAGGCCAACGCAUAGAUUUAUUAUCAGGUUAG